CAUUUCAUAAUUUCUCUCUUCCUCUCCUUAAAAACAUUCAUUGCUCUUAAUAUUUGUUGUUUUAUUCAUUUAUAAAAACAAAAAUAUGUUUAUUGAGAGCUUUAAGGUUGAAAGCCCAAAUGUUAAGUACACUGAUGAUGAAAUAAAUUCAGUGUAUAACUAUGAUACAACCGAGCUUGUUCAUGAAGAGAAAAAUGGGUCAUAUCAAUGGGUUGUUAAACCCAAAACUGUUAAAUAUGAGUUUAAAACUCAAAUCCAUGUCCCAAAACUAGGGGUUAUGCUUGUUGGAUGGGGAGGAAACAAUGGAUCAACGUUAACGGCUGGCGUUAUCGCGAACAGAGAGGGAAUAUCUUGGGCUACCAAAGAUAAAGUUCAACAAGCUAAUUAUUUUGGUUCCUUGACUCAAGCAUCCACCAUUAGAGUUGGUUCCUUUAAUGGAGAGGAGAUUUAUGCCCCAUUCAAGAGCCUUUUGCCUAUGGUUAACCCGGAUGAUAUAGUGUUUGGGGGAUGGGACAUAAGCAGCAUGAACUUGGCUGAUGCAAUGGCAAGGGCCAGAGUUUUGGACAUUGAUCUUCAAAAACAAUUAAGGCCUUACAUGGAAUCCAUGGUUCCACUCCCUGGCAUCUUUGAUCCUGAUUUCAUUGCUGCAAACCAAGGCUCACGUGCAGACAACGUGAUCAAAGGAACCAAAAAUGAACAAAUCCAAAAGAUCAUCAAAGACAUCAGGGAUUUCAAGGAGGCAAACAAGGUUGACAAAGUGGUGGUACUAUGGACAGCCAACACAGAAAGAUACAGCAAUGUAGUCGUUGGGCUUAACGACACAAUGGAAAACAUGUUUGCUUCACUGGAUAGAAACGAAGCCGAGAUUUCUCCAUCAACCUUGUAUGCUAUUGCUUGUAUCCUAGAAAACGUGCCUUUCAUCAAUGGCAGCCCACAAAACACUUUUGUCCCAGGGGUUAUUGAAUUGGCCAUCAAGAGGAACACCUUAAUUGGUGGAGAUGACUUUAAGAGUGGUCAAACUAAGAUGAAGUCUGUUCUUGUUGAUUUCCUUGUUGGAGCUGGUAUUAAGCCAACGUCCAUCGUGAGCUACAACCAUUUAGGAAACAAUGAUGGAAUGAACCUCUCAGCGCCACAAACUUUCCGAUCCAAGGAGAUUUCCAAGAGCAAUGUUGUUGAUGAUAUGGUUUCUAGCAAUGCCAUCUUAUAUGAGCCCGGCGAGCAUCCUGACCAUGUAGUCGUCAUCAAGUAUGUUCCAUAUGUCGCGGAUAGCAAGAGAGCUAUGGAUGAGUACACCUCUGAGAUAUUCAUGGGUGGAACAAACACAAUUGUGAUGCACAACACAUGUGAGGAUUCUCUUUUAGCUGCUCCAAUCAUCUUGGACUUAGUCCUACUGGCCGAGCUCAGUACUCGCAUUCAACUCAAAUCUGAAACCGAGGGUAAAUUUCACUCUUUCCAUCCAGUGGCUACCAUUCUGAGUUACCUCACAAAGGCCCCUCUUGUACCACCUGGGACACCAGUGGUGAAUGCACUAGCAAAACAAAGGGCAAUGUUGGAGAAUAUUUUAAGGGCUUGUGUUGGAUUAGCACCAGAAAACAACAUGAUCUUGGAAUACAAGUGAAGAAGACAUGAUGACAUGAAUUGCCAUAUAUUAAAUAUGAUUUGUGUUUUUCAACAUGUAAUGUUUUCUGUUGUUUGUUUGAAACUUGUCAUCUUUUGUAACCACAAAAAUGUAGUGUGUGGGCUUUGCUUAGCCUAGCCUAGCUUUAAGCAACCAUCUUUUUUAUUUCAAGAUGAAUAUAUUUUAAAAAUAAUGCCAAAUUUUGUGGUGAUA